UACGCAUCCUUGAAUUACCAUGUAAAUUCCCGCGUAUGUAGUUGUCUAUCGCCGCAUAUGUACAAUCAACAUAUAUUUAUACUGUGAGAACGUAGAAAUUGUUGGCACGUCGACCGAGCUAUAUAGUUGUUUCCCAACAAAACCUGACUGUCUCGUCACAACAAAAUCUUUCGGAUAAAAAAUUUCGUUAGUGUUUUUAAAGACUCGAGGGGGGGAAAAAAGGUUAUAGAGUCGUUUUCUAACGUCAAAUAAUAAACGAGACAACAUGACUGACGAAUUCAAUGGUGAAUCGACGUUCGAGUUCGUUGAGAAGAAAAUUGACGACGUUUCGAUAUCGGGCGAUCCAGGAAAAGCUGAAUCACUCAGCAGCCUUUCGUCUUCGGUGUCGUUGCUGACAUCUCCGGUGGGUGCUUCGACUUCAUCUGGAAAUUUGCUCUCAAACAUAGCACCUCCAUCUGCGCUGCCAAGUUUUGUUUCCAGGCCUUCGGAUCUUCUAGUGACAAAAGAAAAAGAAGCAGAAGAUGCGGACCGCUGUGAAGAUACAGUGAGGAAGCAGCCUCAAGCAAAUCCAGGAAUCCGGUCAAAAUCUCAAUCCGACAGCACAGAAAUUCCACCCACCGAAGAUGUAGAAAAUCCUAGUCAACCGGAGCAAGAGUCCAGUGGAACAGGAGCCAGUUACCUAUUCUCUUGGGUCAAGGAAACUGUAGCGAACAGCAAUGUCCUCAGUAAAGUCGCAGAGAAAGCAAAAAGCAGCGUCAAUUCAAUGAUCACCACUUUGGAUCCUCAGAUGCGUGAGUUCAUUUAUUCUGGAGGUGAUGUUAACAUAUUCGUGGCGUCAAACAAAGAAGUCAAAGUCAGUCCAAUUCGCGAGGCCUUUCAAAGCGUUUUUGGCAAGGCCACGGUCACUGGGGUGGCUGUGGAGAGUUCAGCAGUGGCUGAACAGCCGGUCGGUUUCGCAGCCGGAAUAAAAGGUGCGGAAGAGCGUAUCACAGCAACACGACAAUUAUCGCACGUGCCAAAAGACGCGCCGAUUGUAGCGAUAGAGAAUUUUUUGCUGGAAGUUGGUGUCGACAAGUGGUACGAUUUGGGUGUUUUGAUACUGAACGAUCCGAAGAAUUCUGUAAACCUACAGACAUUUACUCAAAUGACACCAGUUCCGAGCCAAAUAGUAACGGUAGCUCGCGAUUCAACGCCAUCGGACUAUCCCCUUAAAUGGUCAGGUUUUUCCAUCACGACUGGAAGUUUAAUGGGUACGAAUCUUCAAGUAUCUCACAACGAGUGGCACCACGCGUUAACAGGAGUCUCCCGAAGAGAUAUUAUUCUUCUGGCCGCCCAAUCCCUCGCCGGCAUUUACAAAAACACGAUAAUUCCGGUUUAACUGAAAAUAUUUCAAGACACCAAAGUUGAAAAACACAUCGAAAAUCUGAAUGGUCAACCGGAUUUUUUCGUUUCUUUUUCAACGUAACUUCGUUCUCCUUUGUAAAUAUAUUAAUAUAUUGCGAUUACUUUGAUCCACGAAAUAAACUAGUUGAAAUAUAUAAAAGACAAUUUUCAAAGUGUCGCGGUGACGGGGAUGCUCAAUAUCAACGUUUUGGAGUAAACACAAUUUUUCUUUUUAGAUACAUCAAAUAUUAGAUUUUUAUCAUUUGUACCAAGUGUUUUCUCUUUUAUCACCAUUUACACUUGUGUAACAAAUAUUGAUAGAUUUUAUGUAGAAUAUUAAAUUGUACGAUUCAAUAAUUGUGUGGAAUUUUUAAUCCUGAUCACAACGAACAAAUCUUUUUUUCGCGAUAUCUUACGAAGACGUCCCCGAGUCAACGCAUAUUCGAGAAUUUUUUUUCCUUCAUCGAUUCGACCUAUUUCGUUCAUUUUCAAAGUCACGAUACCAUUUUUUUCUGUUGAGCACUAUUUUCAAGUGAUAUUUUGUUGAAUUAAACUUCGAAACAAAAUUCUUGGAUGUACGAUUUGAAAUAAUCGGUGAAAUACGCGAUUUCGGGUUGGUAGAAAAUAGAAGUAACGUGAAGUCAGGAAAAAAAUUUUAGUUAACGAUCAAUGGUUUAUAUGUAUAAAAAAACAAUUAUAUUAACAGACUGAUGAUGAAGCAUGCUCGAUGUCACAUUGAAUAAUUGUGCAGGAUUCUCAAAUGGUUUAUAACAAAGCUAAAUGAACCGUAUAUCUGUAUAUGUGUUGUAAAGAGAACUGCUGAUUGUACGAAAAUAUAUUAUUUUAAUGAAA